AUGGCACGGUGCUCACGCGCUUGGCUCCCGCUGCUUCUUCUCGCGUCUGCCCUUGUGCAGAGCUCCUGCUGGUCGAGACCGUCUCCUCCGGAGCCGCAGGAGCCCGGGGCCGUAUCUCCGGUGGUCCACGCCGCCGCCGAACGACCGCGCCUCCGGGACGACGGGGCGCCCCAAGUCCAGCCCUCCACGGAGAAGGGUGCGGCCGGUCAUCAUGGAGCGAGCGCUGGCGAUGGUGGCGCGGUUGCAGCUUCGGCGAUGGGCGGCAGUGGCGGUGUGUCGUCGGAGCAGAGGAAGGGUUCAGGGGCGCCGGUGCUGCAGCAGGCGCUGGAAAGGAUGCUGGGCUCGAAGCUGGCGCGGCGGAUGCUGGGAGGGGAGGCGGAGGACUCGGCGGCCGGGCCUUCGUGCCACUCCAACAACGCACGCAUCACCUGUGCCCCGCCGGCGCAGCACUGACCACCGAGUUUGUUGCCAAUGCCAAGUUUACGACACGGAUCCCGGAACGACACGGCGCCUCGACCCUCAUCACCAUGAGAGUCAAAAUGGAUACAAAUCAAUUGAUUCUAUUGUACUCCAUAUAGCUACUUACGUGGCUUGAUCCGUGUCCAUUGAUUGUAGGUACAACUAGGGAACAGCUAUUGUAAUACAGAUGUACAUCAUAUAGCUACUUACGUGGCUUGAUUGUAGGUACAACU